UAGAGAUAAGCAUACGAAUUUUUUGUUUUUGUUUGUUGCUUGCAUUCAAAGGUUUUUUAUUUUCGUAUAAAAUACUAUUAUAACUGUUACUAUAAUAUAACGGGUUUAGUUAGUGCAAGGAAACGAAAUAAACAAUGUCGUUAAGUUUGCCUAGUUGCCUAUUUGUACGACUAUUUCGAAGACCUACACUGACUACUUCACGAAAAUGUUCUACUCAAUCAGUAUUGACCAGAGAAGUGGGAAAAAAUGCAGUAGUUACAUUAAAUAGGCCCAAAGUAUUAAACUCAAUGAAUGUGGAUCUACAACGAAAUGUGUACAAAACACUCAUGGACUUACAAAACAAAAAAUCACUGAUCGUUCUUAAAGGUGCAGGAGAUCGAGCGUUUAGUUCUGGUGGAGACCUAGUGCUUCUUAAAAAGGCAGCUUUAACAAAAGAUUGGGUGUAUGUUAACGACAUGGGUUUCUAUCUCAAUGCCAAUCUGCAUCUUCUUAGAAACUAUAAAAUACCUAUUAUUACUUUCAUGAAUGGAAUAACAAUGGGUGCAGGUGCUGGAUAUUCAGUUAGUUGUAGAUUCCGUGUAGCUACCGAUAAAACAAAAUUUGCAAUGCCGGAGGUGAAGGUAGGGUUUCUUCCUAAUGCUUCUGCUAGCUACUUCUUCAACCGCACCAUUGGACAACUAGGAUUUUACCUAGCUUUAACAGGCAGUACAAUAACCGGAACAGACGUAUUGAGGGCAGGGUUUGCUACUCAUUAUUGCAACCAAAGCGACUUGCCUACGCUCGAAGAGGAGCUUUUACAAUGUUCCUGUGAUAAAAACAUUAACGCAGUGCUUGACAAAUUCUGCCAAAAAGAUAUUCCAGAGUUAACUUUACAACCUGUAAUGGACAAGAUAAAUAAAUGCUUCUCGGAACCAACUGUAGAAAGUAUUUUUGCUAAAUUAAAGGAUGAUGGAUCGCCAUGGGCUAGAGAUACUCUUAAUAUAAUGGAAAAAUACUCCCCAAGCAGCUUAAAAGUGAUAUUAAAACAAUUGCAGAAGGGUAAAAGUAUGAGUUGGUUGGAAUGUUUACACAUGGAGUAUAAUUUAACUGUAAACUUUUACAAAUUCAAAGAUACAUAUGAAGGUACACGAAUUGUCCUACAAGAUAAAAAUGACACUCCCAAAUGGGAUCCACCCAAUCUGAUCGACGUAACAGAAGAACUAAUAGAAAAACAUUUUGAACCAAAUUCACAAGAAGUGUUCAACAAAUUCUUGAACGAAAUUAAAUCUUCGUAGCACGCAAUAAAUGGAACCAGUGCAGAGCUAAACUAAAAAUUUGAGAAAAGGAA